AUGUCCGAUACAACUGAUAAUAAAAAGGGACAGGGAACUAUAUUUGAGGUGAACCCUAAAAAGGCUUAUAAUACAAACGAUGAAGUCGCCAGUACCAGCUACGAUAGCAGUAGUGGCUCUAUAAGUGAGACGGAGGAGAGCAAAGGUGGGUUUAAAGGAUGGUUUCAUAACUUCAUAGAUGGCUUUAAAAGGUACGAUGUUGGAGAGAUAGAUCCGAAUUUAACUGAUAUUGAAAGAACUGCUGUUAUAGCUGCCAAAGCACCCCUUAAACGUAAGUUGAAAUCUAUCCAUAUUCAAAUGAUUGCUAUUGGAGGUGCCAUUGGAACUGGUUUAUUCGUCGGUAGCGGUACUGCUUUGGCCACUGGUGGACCGGCAUCAUUAAUUAUAUGUUAUUCUCUAACGGGUGCAAUGAUUUUCUGUACUGUUCAAGCGCUAGGUGAACUAUCCGUUGCAUAUCCUGUUGCUGGAUCCUUUCUUUCGCUUUGCAACCGGUUUAUAUCCCCCGGAUGGGGAUUUAUGAUCUCCUGGAAUUAUGCUAUGCAAUGGCUUAUUGUCAUGCCUUUGGAAUUAGUUGCUGCGUCGUUGACAAUUCAAUUCUGGAAUAGCUCUGUGAAUCCAGGGGCCUGGGUGGCAAUUUUCUAUUGUACAAUAGUCAUUAUUAACCUUUUCGGGUCGUUAGGAUAUGCAAAUGUUGAAAGUGUUCUCUCAAUGAUAAAGAUUGUUGCUAUUGUAGGCUUCUGCAUUUUAGGCGUCGUUUUAAAUUGUGGAGGCGGUCCUAACGGUAAAUACAUUGGAGGUAUGUAUUUCCACAAUCCCGGUGCAUUCAAUCACGGCUUCAAAGGCUUGUGUUCAGUGUUCGUUACAGCAGCUUUUUCAUUUGAAGGCACAGAGCUUGUUGGUUUAGCCUCGGCAGAAACCCAAAACCCCGAGAAAGUUUUACCUUCCGCUACAAAACAGGUUGUUUGGAGAGUCGUCCUAUUCUAUCUGGUUUCGUUGACUCUUGUUGGACUCCUCGUUCCCUACAACGACUCAAGACUUCUUCAGUCCUCGUCUGUUGAUGUAACUGCUUCUCCUUUUGUGAUUUCUAUUGAAAAUGCAGGCAUUAAAGUGCUUCCCUCCAUAUUUAAUGGUGUUAUUUUAAUUUCCGUGAUUUCUGUUGCCAACUCCGCCGUCUUUGGAUGCUCCCGUACCAUUGCAUCUCUCGCUGAUCAGUCAUUUGCUCCCAAAUGGUUUGGCUACAUCGAUCGUACAGGCAGGCCCCUCGCAGGUGUGGGACUUGCCCUUUUGUUUGGUCUACUUUGCUUCCUUUCUGCUACACCUAAAGAGGCUGAAGUGUUUUCAUGGUUGAUGGCCCUAUCUGGUCUUUCGUCAAUCUGUACCUGGGGUACCAUCUGCCUUUGCCAUAUUAGAUUCCGUAAUGCCAUGAAGGUGCAGGGUAGAACUACAGAUGAAUUAAGUUUCACCGCCAUUAGCGGUGUUAUUGGCUCUUGGUUUGGCCUCAUCUUGAAUUGCCUUGUCUUGGUGGUGGAGUUUUGGAUCUCCCUUUUCCCAAUUGGUAGUAAGCCAAAUGCUAAAGCUUUCUUCCAGAGUUAUUUGAACGUUGUGGUUAACAUUGGCCUAUUUAUAAUUUAUCUUUUAUGGAAAAGACGCAAAUCUAUUGUGUGGAUUCACGGUAAGGAUGUCGACCUUGUUACAGGAAGGAAGAAGGUUGAUGUGGAUCUCGUCAGACAAGAGAAGGCCGAAAUGAAAGCUUACAUUCGUUCUAGGCCAUGGUGGUAUAGAACUUACAAGUUUUGGUGUUGA